UUUAUUUAUUUUUAUUUUUAUUUUUUUUUGGUGGUUUUUUUUUUUUAUUCGGGCUUGAUAUUCAGAAAUUAUAUCUAGACUGCACAUGGUCAACAGGUGGAUUUAGUGAAGUAAAUUCGAUUUUUUAAGAACGCCUGUCACCGAGAUAACUGAUCCAGACCCAAAGUAGGUCAAGGUGAAGUAAAGCCUUAUACACCAGGGUAAAACCGUUUGCACUGUUGCAGGACGUGAUUGUAAGAAUAUGGCAAAGAUUCAGCUAGUAUACUUUCCUGUGAGAGGUCGUGGUGAAUCCAUUCGGACCCUGCUGGUGGAUAACAAUGUUGAUUAUGAAGAAGUGGAUGUUCUACCAAGGGAAAAUUGGGUCAACAAUUGGAAACCUAAAAUGGCUUUUGGCCAGUGUCCAUUUCUGAAGGAUGGUGAUGUGGAGCUGGUGCAGUCAAAUACAAUACUGAGAUAUCUCGCAAGGAAACUGGAUUUGUAUGGUGCUGAUAAUAAGGAGGCAUCAAGGGCUGACAUGAUAAACGAUGGAACUGAGGACCUGAGAGUGGCUUACACCAAGAUGAUAUACCAGAAUUAUGAGGAAGGAAAGGGGCCAUUUAUUGAAGAGCUCCCCGGGAAACUGACGUACUUUGAGAAUCUGAUGCAAAAUGGAGACUAUAUACUUGGCAGUAAGAUUUGCUUUGCGGACUACAAUCUGUUUGACCUUUUGGACUGUCUUGUGACCUUGUCUCCACCAUGCCUAGAUAACUUUCCCAAACUGAAGGCCUACUAUGGUCGCAUGAUGAACCGACCGGGAGUGCAGAAGAGGAGGUCCACUGAGCAUUUCAAGGGAAUGAAGAUCAAUGGCAAUGGGAAACAGUGAAAAAAUCUGUCACCAAAAGUUGCAGGAUCAGAUUGAUGGAUGGAAAGUGGCCAAAGCCUUUUAGUACUCGGAAGUAAACUAGACAGUCUGUUCACAUUUCUUCAGAAUGAGCUACAUGUACUUUAAAGUAUGCUUAUGUAAGAAUGCAAGCUACAUGCAAAGUUAAUGUUAAAAUAGAGAAAUGGAAAAUAACCAUACAAUGUUUGUUAUCUCCUUAUGUUGAUCAAUAAAACCCCCAUGAUUUUC